CAUAUGUGCCUUUUGGCAUGCAUCACAGUACCAAAUUAUUCCAUUAAAUUUUUACUAUUUUUACUCUUAAAAGGAAAAACAAUUUUUUGCAUUUUUCUAAAACAUUCACUAUUAUGCCUGUACUUAAAUCUAAAAGUUGUAUAAUUCGUCGUAUCAUUCAAUGGUGCAUUCAGCCCUUUCUUCUUUAUUAGUUUACUUAUUUUGAAUUGAUGUCAACUUGUAUAAGUCUAGCCUUAUGCCAAAAAAUGAUUUUCCAUGUAGGCUCAGUGGGCCAUGCCCAUGCCUUUGUGAUUAAUGGUGAGUUACCUUAAAAUCAUGGUGAUAUUUAGUACAGCAAGAGUGGGAGGAGGGUGUUUUUAGUGUUGACCUAUUAUCUGGCUUUAUUUGCAUGAGGUUUGAAGCAGUGAUCUCGUUGCUUGGCACAUCUAGCUUUUACAGCUGCACCAAUUAAUGGUUCCUAAAUAAAGAAAAUUAAUUACAUAAUGACACAUUUAUUUGCUCAGCUUUUUGCUUGCAUUGAGAACUAAAUACAUCCAAGUGAUACGAGGUUAAAUUGUUUCUGCUUCUGCUUUGUUCUUUCCUUCCAUCGACAGGUACUAUUCUAUGUAUGGACAUGUGGAGAAACUAGCAGAAGAAAUAAAGAAAGGGGCUGCAUCUAUUGAAGGAGUUGAAGCCAAACUAUGGCAGGUCCCUGAGACACUACCUGAUGAGGUGCUUGGGAAAAUGAGUGCACCUCAAAAGAGUGAUGUUCCAGUUAUUACCCCUAGCGAACUUGCUGAGGCUGAUGGUUUUGUUUUUGGCUUUCCCACGAGAUUUGGAAUGAUGGCUGCUCAAUUCAAAGCAUUUCUUGAUGCAACCGGCGGUCUUUGGAGAGCACAGCAGCUUGCAGGCAAGCCUGCUGGGAUCUUCUAUAGUACCGGAUCCCAGGGUGGUGGACAAGAAACUACUGCGUUGACUGCCAUUACUCAGCUGGCUCACCACGGUAUGAUCUUUGUGCCCAUCGGAUAUACAUUUGGGGCUAGAAUGUUUGAAAUGGAGAAAGUGAAAGGUGGAAGUCCUUAUGGUGCAGGAACUUACGCUGGCGAUGGCUCAAGAAUCCCAUCUGAGCUUGAGUUGGAGCAGGCUUUCCACCAGGGGAAGUACAUUGCCACCAUCACCAAGAAACUCAAGGGAGCUUCAUGAUUCUUAUUCAAUAAGAAGAUACCGUUUGGCAUUCUUA